CUUCAUCUUUACCAUCACUUCAAUCGCAUUGCACACACACCAGAGAUGGAUCUUACCAAUCUCCGGGAUAGCCUGGAUUCAUCAUCGCGUGAACGUCAUCCUGCUCGUGCAAGUGCAAAAAAGAGCGAAUUACGAUUGACAAAGGACUUUAAAGCUGCUGCUUUACAACUAACGACAUUAUAUAGAACAUCAUUAUCGGCAUCCAAUCGAUCUUAUGCUACGGGAUAUGCUCAGUCAUUAUCUGACAUUCUCGAUGUAGUCUUGCUUCGACUUCAGCAACCUGCUGCUACUGCUCCCGGAUUUCAACGAGGCGAAUCAUCGAAUUCACAAGGUGAUACAGACAGAGAAGAGCUGAAAUGGCUGGUACGCUAUCUGCGUGCUCGAAUUGAGGCAAUCAGGGUAGAAGGAGAAGAAGAAGAGAAGGAGGAAAGCGAAGAGGAGGAUGUUGCAGAGAUCGUUCGUAGUUCUCAACCUGUUUCACCAGAAGCAACACGAACGAGCAUUGAUGAAGCAGUUCAAACCAACCAACAACAACAAGCAGCAUCGCAAGAUUCCUCCAUGCAAGGUAGCCAACAUGAUGCACCUACUCGUUCCAACUUCACCUUUUCUGCUCCACAGGAUUCAGCUCCUUCUCUUUCUACCGCCAAUAGAAUGCGACGUGGACGAGAAUCAGGCGGAUCAAUGCCCCGACCUCCGUCAAAUACUGUUCAUCAACAACAGGGAUCUACAUUGCUUACGCCUCCUACAAUGGUGCGUGCUUCGUCCUCAGAUGAUGAAGACAACAUGCGUCAACGAACGCCAACGCCUUCACGUAGACAAUCCAAUCGAUUGGGAAAACGAUUGAAUGGACGUGAAAAGCUGAGUGGAUUAGAAUUGUUUGCUCGUGCUCAAAACGUGAAGAGAAGAAGAGGAUUAGGAGAUCGUAGAGAUGAUGAUGAUGGACUUCUAUAAAGGGGGUCUAUCUCGUGACAAGUUGUUAGAAAUAUCAAUGUACUUUAAUCUCAAGCAAUGUGUACUUUAUUCAUAUUCAUCAAUCAAUUGUAUAUG